CGUUUCGUUUUGUUUAUUUGCCGGCUGUUCUCUGUGACAGUUCUUGUUGCAUGCUGCACAGGGUUUCAUAAUAAUUCGGAUAUUUAGUUUCAUUUUCAUAACAACAAUGUCCAGAACUGAAAAUAUUGGUUCCGGAUGGGAUCAUAUGCUGUCGGCUAUCGUAAACUGUAUAAAAAGUAAAAAUACUGACCUGUUCAAUAGCUGUCAUGAAUUGGAAGCGAUUCAGAAACUUUUAAAAAUUCCCGAAAUCAGGCAACUAACAUCAGACUGGAUAUUAUCACUCAGUGAACGGAAUAACGUUUCCCUAAAAACCAGCAAUGAAUUCCGAUCAAUCGGCAAUCAAUUGUAUAAGGAUAUCCGCGGAAAUGGCAUGAAAUGUGUCAAUUUCUACACAAAAGCUAUAUUCACAGCUCCUAAGGGUAGUUCAGAGCUUGGUAUGGCUUACGCGAACAGAGCUGCUGCGUUAAUGAAUCUGGGAUACCACAAGGAAGCACACUCCGACUGUAUGACUGCUAGACUGACAAAUUAUCCACAAUCGAAGUUAAUCAAAGUGCUUUGGCGUCAAGCCAGUUGUUCAAUCGAGUUAAAAGAUUUGAAUCAACUGAUAAGAGAUAUUAAGGAAAUGAAUGAACUGCUGGAUAAGCUGGAUAUCCGGCAUCUUCAUGUAGAUAUGAUGCAGAAAUUGUCAUUGGAACACGAGAAAUUUCAGGACAACAUCAACCCAACUACGAACGAAAAUAUUGACGGUGAAAGUGGGUCUGAUAAAGAGAAGUCAAUGAUUGAGAGACAGACUUUGCGAAAAGGAAGAUUUAUGGUUGCAACAGAACCAAUUUCCACAGACGAUUUAAUCGUCACAGAAAAAGCCUUCGCUUUCAUUCCUGUUUCUCAUCAAUUCUAUGAAAAUCCAAUCGAGCAACAUUGCCAAAAUUGUGCCGCAACAAACAUCAUUCCAUAUCCGUGCCACACCUGCAAAAGAGCUACAUACUGUGGCCUCACGUGUCUAAGCGAACACGAAACAAUACAUCGAUUCGAGUGCAAUGGAUACAAGAAACAUUUAUGGUUCGAAGUGGGAAUCACACAUCUGGCACUGAGAACAAUGUUGUGUGGCAUUAACGAGUUAAUGACAAAGAUCCAACAUUUGCAUGACACAACACCGUUAUUAGCUUGGAAUGAAUUGUUACUGACCGUUGAUGAAAGCGAUUUUGCGUAUGGCACCGUCCUCAAAUUGGUGACAAAUUUCGAGAAAACGGACACCGAUGAUUUCCUAGGAUACGUUUUGACGGCUUCGAUGAUCACUAUGUACCUGAGGAAUCAUACGGAGUUCUUUCAAGAAAUGAGCAAACAAUUUCCGAAAUUCAUGUCGGUCUCUUCAUGGGAAUGGGAAGUCUUUAUUGGAGCACUGAUUACACGACAUAUUGGACAACUGAUAUGCAAUGGGCAUGCCAUUUCGGAUUUUGAAAUAAAUGAUUUCGAUUCCUUCACAUCAUCCCAGUGCAUCGCCAAAGGGAAACUUUCUCAGUCAAUCGAAAGCCAGCGAAUAUUUACAGCAAUUUUUCCCAAAAUCAGCAUUUUAAAUCAUUCAUGCGAUCCGAACAUUCGCAAUCGGUUCAACAAUACAGAGCUAAUGAUUUAUGCAACACGCACAAUCAAUGACGGUGACGAAAUUUUCAACUGCUACGGGCCCAAUAAUAAACUGAAUCCUCGGCAAGAACGUCAGAAUAUGCUCAGUCAACAAUACCACUUUGUUUGUGAUUGUGUGCCGUGCCAGGGAACCGAUGAGGAAUACCUUAACUCUCACACGUAUGUAUGCCCUUGCGGAGGGAACGUUGUUGUUGUUAGUGAGGAAACGUUUUGGUGGAGAGAUUAUACGGGCGAUAAUCCGCCAAAGAAUAUCGUUUGCUCCAAUUGCUCUUCUCCGUUGAAUUUCGGUUGGUUAUUGGAGUUUCGUUUAGCAGUGGAGGAGCCGGACUGUGCCUUUAAUAAAUUAGAAUCUGUCCAUAGCAUUGAAAAUGCCGUGCUGAAGGCCAUUUCCAAAUAUGAGAAUUCUACAAAAUUCAUGAAGGGAGACAUAAAUUCACAGAAAUUGGAUAUGGCCAACAUGAUCAUCAAAUACAUUGUCCAGUAUCUGAAUGAGCCUACGUUUCGUUUGACCAAAAGAAUGGAGGAAAAUUUCAAUAAAAUAAGGAACAUUUGCCGGAGUUCAUUGUGCGGCACCGAAUACAAAUUCGGUCGUCACAGUUUGGAAUAUAUGUCCAGCCUGGCGUCGUUGAUGGAUAUCUACGCAAUUUUCGGUCGAUCCGACGAUAAUAUUAUCAACUUGGCUGACUUUGAUUGCCUUUCCGAUCGAACGAAAAACGUUUUCGUAAAUUAUUAUGAAGAAAAUGUUGCAUCGGCAAAGUAGGGUCGUCAAUAAAUGAAAACCACUGACCGAUUCGUUCAUAUAUUAAUUGGGUCUUUAAUGUAACAGUUAUAAUAUUGUUGUAAUCUACCACAAUCUAUCGUUUGCGAAUACAAUUUCCUUGAAGAUCA